GAUUUUUGGACGCAGGCUGGAUUAUUGCUGAUAUCAUUUAGCAUGACAAUUUAAAAUUGCCAUUGAGUCAUAUCGCUCUUCACUUAUAUUGCCUUAUACCCUUCAUUUUUUAUUCUUAACUCUGUUCUUUCCACCCACAGAACCUUGACAAGUGCGCAAGCCCGGGCCGUUCGUCUCUCCGCAAACGGAGCGAUACAAUUUCCGCCAUGUCCACUACGACAGGUGCCUUUAUUGCUGGCGGUAUUGCGGCCUGUGGAGCAGUCACGGUCACUCACAGCUUCGAGACGGUCAAGAUUCGCUUACAAUUACAAGGCGAGCUGCAAUCCAAGACCGAGGCGGUGAAGAAAUACCGGGGUGUUUUACACGGUGUGAAAGUGAUUUUACAGAAUGAGGGACCUCGAGGCUUAUUCCGUGGUAUUGGGUCUGCUUAUUGCUAUCAGAUUUUGCUCAACGGGUGCCGCCUCGGAUUCUAUGAACCCCUACGCACUGGUCUGACUACGGCCAUCUACGACGAUGCAUCCGUUCAGUCCCUGGGCAUCAAUGUCUUCUCUGGCGCUGCCUCGGGUGUGAUCGGCGCAGCUGCUGGCUCACCAUUUUUCCUUGUCAAGACGCGCCUCCAAUCUUUCUCGCCGUUCCUUCCCGUCGGCACGCAACACAAUUACCGCAAUUCAUUCGAUGGCCUGUCAAAGAUCUACAAGAGUGAGGGGUUUAAAGGCUUGUACCGAGGUGUUGGCGCCGCCAUGAUUCGCACGGGCUUCGGCAGUUCUGCUCAAUUGCCGACAUACUUCUUUGCCAAGAGACGCCUGAUUGAACACCUGGGAAUGGAGGAUGGACCGGCUUUGCACUUGGCCAGCAGCACUAUUUCCGGUUUCGUUGUCUGCUGUGCGAUGCACCCUCCAGACACCGUUAUGUCCCGCCUGUAUAACCAGACCGGAAACCUCUACAAAGGUGUCUUUGAUUGCCUGUAUAAAACAAUUAGUACAGAAGGCCUUUUUGCAAUCUAUAAAGGCUACUUUGCUCAUCUUGCUCGCAUUCUCCCUCAUACAAUCCUGACUCUCAGCUUGGCGGAGCAGACGACCAAGUACAUGCGCCGACUGGAGGAUCGUAUGCUUCCCGAAUCAAUCAAAGACAAGAUCUAAGAUUUUAAUUUUCGAUAUCUUGUUCCGCCAGCUAUUUUCUUGUUGCCUGUACAGAAUAUCUGUGUGAGAGAGACCAGGAUCAUUUCGCGGCUGGCACGAAUGGUCGGCUUUGAACACGGGUACAGAUCGGUCCAUCGCUGCCUUAACAGCGUUUAUAGAUUUGACACCUGCAAAUAAUUAGACAUAUAAGUAUCAAAAACCAUGGGAAUGCAAAUCAAUAGCUCGAUAGACAUUACAGCUCUGACCUGUCAUUCUUUUGCUGCCCGAAAUUAGAAAAUCGAUAUAUUGGUUGCCCU